UCAAACAUAUAAAUUUGACUAGUUCACUUUCCCGUAUAUAUUUAUAUCAUUGAGCAAGUAGAAUAAACUGGAGUAAUGGAAGUCCUGGCAGUGGGAGUGGCAGCUUUUUUCCAGCUGAUGGGCUGCUACUUUUUCUUCGCACAGCCGAAGGAUCGCUGUUCGUCAGCUCCCGACUUGGCCAGUUGGCUUUUUCUGGGAGCCACAUUGUGUUACCUCUGGGAUGCUAACAUUUAUCCUCGACGUUUCAUGCACAUGCCACGCUACUGGAAACUUAUAAUUGAGAUCGUGGCUGCCAUUUUUCUGACUGAGUUGGGCACAAUUAUCAUUUGGUGCGGCCUCGAAAGAUUCCUCUUCGGACUGACGAAUGAUCUGCUGAAUCUUGGCUACACUGAGUGUAAUCCAUCUCCUUAUGCCUAUGGAUACUGGCUGUCGGGAGUAGUCACCUCCUUGGUGAGCGGUGCGGUCUUGUGGUAUGUGCUUAAAGCCACCGAUGGCACAUAUUAUUUUAUAAAGUUCACAGAAAAUCUGCGAGCUAUCGUGCACGAUUAUUGGCAGAUGUUCCGCUGCUAUAAAACCAUGAAUUCAAGAGGAAGACGUCGGGCUUUGAGGGUUUGUCAGUUGGCCAGGAAAACGCCAUGUCGCCGGCCUAAAACUCGAAUGUGUUGUCCACAGGAGGAUGAUGAAAGUGACUGACUAUAGACCCUGUUCAUUUUUUUUUGGCAGUCUUAUUUUUCUAAAAUGAUAAGAAUAAUUU